AGAACAUCUCGUCAAUUGAUGCCAUACGAAGCUGUAGUUCCGUAAUAGGCAAUUUGGGAUGCCGAUUCCCUUGCCCCGCCGCCAAGCGGAACCCUCCAAACGCCCCCACCAUUCACUCGUAAGUACAGAGAGGGCACAGUAGCCAACGACCACGACUGCUUUCCACACCGCCUUCAACACUUGAAACGGAUACAUUAAGGGAUUACGAGUAUUCGAUACUUAUAAGCAGUUUACUAGCACGGGAAUUACGUCUCGUCUCCAUUGGAAAGAUCCAGACUCUACCUAGUCCGAUACACGGGAUCCACUUAAAACCACCUCAUACAAGCCAAUACCGACAACACUUGUCCCGUCCCUGAGACCCUUAACUUCAACCUCAACCUCAACUUCAUCUUCCUCUCUGCAACCAACUAACAACAACCACAUCCACCUCAUUUCCUCCCCCCACAACAUCAUCACAAUGGCUGCUGCAUUCCCCCCAGGUGGAACCUUCUUCGACACCCUCAAGAAGAGCUUCGUCGAUGUCCCCGUCGACGCCAGCCAGGACAAUGCCGUCUCCACCACCGAGUUCCUCGAGGCUGCUGAGAGCUUGAUCACUCUCUUCGACGUCCUCGGCUCCGCCGCCUUCACCCCCGUCAAGAGCGACAUGUCCGGCAACAUCAAGAAAAUCCGCGACCGCCAGCUCGCCGCCCCCACCCUCUCCACGACCCUCCAAUCCCUCGUCCUCAACGAACUCGCCGAGAAAAAGCACACCGCAACCGAAGGCCUCGUGUGGCUCAUCCGCGGUCUCGACUUCACGGCCCAGGCCCUCCAGCGCAACGUGUCCAACCCGGCCGAGGAGCUCUCGAACUCCUUCCGCGACGCCUACGGCAACACGCUCAAGCCGCACCACUCGUUCAUCGUGAAGCCGCUGUUCAGCGCGGCCAUGUCGGCCACGCCAUACAGGAAGGACUUUUAUGCGAAGUUGGGGGAUGAUCAGGCGAAGGUCACGCAGAAGUUGGAGGAGUGGUUGGCGGCGCUGGGCAGGGUGGUCGCGGUGGUGAAGGAGUUCCAGGCGAAGAAGGAGGCGAAGUGGUAGAGAUGUGAUAUGAAAUGAAAUGAAAUGACAUAAGGCAUGGUGCUGGAUGCACCUGCUUGACGAUCUCUCCAACGAUAUUGAUACCAUCGUGGUCUAUAACUGAAUAUGAAUAUGAACUCAUGCUACUACGCCGACGACGACCAGCGACUCCCCCUCCUAACAAAAACACACAACGCCUCAUCCUUCCCCGCAAAACUCGG